UUUAUUUACGUACAAAAACCGGUAAAAUUGAUUAUUUUAAAUUGAGUGUUCGUUAGUUAUUUAGUUUCAGUUGUGUUUUGUGAUCUGUCGAUGAAAUGUGGUAAAGAACUAAUAUUGUGUGUAUAAUUAUUAACUAAUUAGCAAGGACCAAGAUGUGGUUACCAACAUUAUCAAUUUUAAUUUUAUCAAAAUUAUGUUCAACAAACAAUGUAUUAGACUACGAUGAAGAACAUGGUAAACAAUUCUUGGAGCAAGCGAAUCGUGAUACAUUACUUUGGAGAAAUAAAAUAUCGUUGGCUGAAUGGGCAUAUGCAUCAAAUAUUACCGAUGAAAAUUUAGCAACGAAACUAGCAGUAAGUAGUGAAGGAGCAAAGUUCUUCAAAGAUCAAUGGCAAGACGUACAAAAAUAUGCAUGGAAAACAUUUAAAGAUCCGGAUGUUAAACGACAAUUUUCCAAAUAUUCAAUUCUUGGCACCGCUGCCUUAUCAAGUGACAAAUAUGAACAAUUAACCAAAGCGAUAGCUUCAAUGGAAGAAAUUUAUGCCAAAGCAAAAAUUUGUGAUUUUAAAAAUCCUGAAAAAUGCAAUCUUAGUUUAGAACCAGAAAUUACACAUAUCUUGUCAACGUCAAAUAAUGCAGAAGAAUUGAAACAUGCAUGGGUUGAAUGGCGUAAAAAUUCUGGGGAUAAAUCUAAAGCAUUAUUCAAAGAAUACGUGAAUUUAGUCAACGAAGCUGCACGUUUGAACAAUUUCGCUGACAAUGGUGCAUUCUGGUUGGACAAUUAUGAAACUGAGGAUAUUGUGCAACAAUUCGAAGAUUUAUGGCAACAAAUUAAGCCAGCCUAUUUACAAAUUCAUGCUUUUGUACGAAAUGAACUUCAAAAGAUAUAUGGCGAAAGUGUUGUUUCAAGUACAGCACCUAUACCUGCUCAUUUAUUGGGUAACAUGUGGGCACAAACUUGGUCAAAUAUAGCAAAACGAACUUUACCAUUCCCCAACAAAACACCAGAAGAUGUUACACAAGAAAUGGUUAAACAAGGUUAUACUCCAAUUAAAAUGUUUGAAAGUGCUGAAGAAUUCUUUAAAUCAAUCAAUUUAAGCCCAAUGCCUGACACAUUUUGGAAGAAUUCAAUACUUCAGAAACCAGAAGGCCGCGAACUAGUUUGCCAUGCAUCGGCUUGGGAUAUGAGUGAUGGAAAAGAUUUUAGGAUUAAACAGUGUACAACAGUGGAUAUUGAGGACUUUUUCACUGUUCAUCAUGAAAUGGGACACAUUCAAUACGAUUUAGCAUACAAACAUCAUCCAAUUAUUUAUCGGGAGGGGGCUAAUGAGGGAUUCCAUGAAGCUGUUGGGGACACAAUAUCAUUGUCUGUGUCAACCCAAAAACAUCUACGUAAAAUUGGUUUACUCAAAUCUCAAGAAGAUGAUUAUGAAUCAGAUUUGAAUCAUUUAUAUAGUACGGCAUUAGAUAAAAUUGUAUUCUUACCGUUCGCCUACACUGUUGAUCAAUUCCGGUGGAAUAUAUUUAAAGGUUUAAUUAAACCAGAAAAUUAUAAUUGUGAAUGGUGGAAACUACGUGAAAAUUACCAAGGAAUUGAACCUCCAGUCAAUCGAAGUUCUGAUGGUUUUGAUGCAGGCGCUAAAUAUCAUGUUGUUGCUGAUGUUCCUUAUAUCAGAUACUUUGUAAGUUUUGUAAUUCAAUUCCAAUUCCAUAAAGCUGUAUGCCAGAAAUCUGGUCAAUAUGUCCCCAACGAUCCAACCAAGCAGUUACACCAAUGUGAUAUUUAUCAAAAUACAGAAGCUGGAAAACUAUUGAAAAAUAUGCUUCAAUUGGGUUCAUCGAAACCAUGGCCUGAUGCAAUGGAAGCCAUUACUGGGCAACGAAAAAUGGAUGCAAGUGGUUUAUUAGAAUAUUUCAAACCAAUCUUAGAUUAUAUUGAAAACAAGAACAAAGAGAAUGGUGUACAUGUCGGAUGGACACAUUCCAACAAAUCUUUUGGAUGCCCACCAUCGAAUUCGGAAUAAUUUUGUAAAGUGAUUUUAACUUUUGUGCAACAAGUAUUGA